AAAAACAGGCAAAAAGAAGGGCAGUCUGGUACGUCACAGCACAUGCGCCACGGGGGCUUUCGACCGAAAGUCUGAGGCGCGUAAGCGGCACCUGACCGCUGCUUUGGAUAACGGCAUGGUUACAGCGAAAUAGUUCGUAAUUUAAGUUAUAUUGUAUUCAUAUUACUGUUUCCUGAUGGAGGAAGUUGACGUUGACCCACCAAUUACUAACAUCCCAGCAGUCGGUGAUGGGAAGCACAUGGGAUUUGCUUGGGGUCCAGGUGACAUUCUUGUGUAUGAGACCCAACACAAAGCAUCAGGAACCUCUAGGUCAGGUUCUUCCUUCAUCCACGAGGUCAGGAAAGACGAGGACAUAUAUUCUCCAAUUUUACGCAAACUCUUCAAUGAGUCACAUCACAUCUUUGUUGGACUUCAGACGAUUAAGGAGGAUCUUCCUAGCAAGACCAAGAAACCCCAGUUUGUCAGCAUCAGUAAAAACUAUAGAUCAGUGAUCAGAGCCUGUAUGGAAGAGCUCCAACAAGCUGCAAUUUCUACCAAAGAUGCUGAGGAAGCCACGCGGUAUGGAAAUCAGGUGUCCAUUCUCUUGGCCACUGAACUGAUCUGGAAUCUCUGCGAAGUUCUGUUCAUCGACGCUGCUCCAGCCGGCUCCCUGUUACUCCAUCUCCUGGACUGGGUGAGGUUACACAAGGCUGACGUGUAUGAGAAGGCCAGAGAGGUGCUGCAAAGUGAAAGUCCUGCUGAGCACAAGGACUUCUGGGAUGUGGUGGUGAGUUACGUGCUGCAGGGAAAGUUGGAAGAAGCCAGACAGAUGCUCACGAAACAGGCCAACCGGCAGCCUGCAGCCAAGAACAUGUACAAACUGAUGGACUCCUUGCUGAGCAAGAUGCCUUUCUAUAAUCCUGCUGGAACUCAGACACUGACAGAGUUUGAUGUGAAGUGGAGGCACUGGCACGAGGAGGUGGACCGCUGCCUGCAGGACAACUCGUUCGCCAGCAACCACCACCUCGAGCUCAUCUGCAAGAUCCUACUGGGAGACGAAGACACGUUGCUGGAGUGCAAAGAACUGCUGAGCACCUGGUACCACUUCCUGGUCACUAGACUCCUCUUCUGUCAUCCCACAGUCAAACCCACUGAGUUACACUACUACGCACAGUCAUGCCUGACCAUGUUCCUGGACUUGAGGAGUGCCCCAGAAGCCCUGGAUAGCAUCCUGCUGGCUGCCUUUGAGUUUGACAUUCAUCAGGUCAUCAAAGACUGCAGCAUUGCUCUCAACAACUGGUGGUUUGUGGCCCAUUUGACAGAUCUGUUGGAUCACUGCAAACUCCUCCAGUCUCACAAUCUACACUUUGGCUCCAACUUGAGAGAGUUUCUGCUCCUGGAGUACGCGUCUGGUCUCUUCACUCAUCAUAGUCUUUGGCAGUUGGCUGUGGACUACUUCGACCACUGCCCAGAGUUUGGCCGCGUCUACCUGGAGCUGCAGAUUGAGCGCGUUCCUUUAGACACGGAGCGCAAAGCCCUCAAGGUGCUCAGGAUCUGUGAGCAGAGGCAAAUGUCAGAGCAAGUGAGGAGUAUCUGUAAAAUCAUGGCUAUGCGCGCUCUAAGGAACAACAGGCUGGGUUCGGCUCUCUCCUGGAGCAUCAGGGCCAAAGAUGCUGCCUUUGCCACCCUCAUUUCAGAGAGGUUCUUGCAGGAUUACUGCGCCAACGGGACCUUUUCUGAUCUGGAUUUGAUUGACAACCUGGGCCCGGCGAUGCUGCUCAGCGACAGGCUCACAUUCCUUGGGAAGUACCGUGAGUUCCACAAGCUCUACGGAGAGAAGCGCUUCAGCGAGGCCGCCAAGCUGCUCCUCUCCCUCAUGACAGCCAAGAUCGCUCCCCGAAGCUUCUGGAUGACUCUGCUGACUGACGCCCUGCCGCUGCUGGAGCAGAAGGAGGUGAUCUUUUCUGCAGAGCAAACCUACGAGCUCAUGUUCUGUUUAGGGGAGCUCACCUCCUCGAUGAGCACCACAGCUCCUGGCACAGACAGGCCCAUGCAGGAGGAGGACAUAGAGCAGACCAAAGUGGAGCUCCUGAGACUGGCUCUGGCCAGGAAUCUGGCUAUGGCCAUAGUCAAAGAGGGAACUAUAGAAACAUGAAGUGGGACCUUGAAAAGAAAGCUCUUCUUUUUGCAUUUUUGUACUGUACAUAAAUAUCAAAGAAAUCAACGUGUGCUGUUUGAUAAUAAAAACACUUUUCAUGA